AUGACUUUCCAAAAUUCAGUUUCAUGCCCUGAGACUUCUUCUUCUUCUUCUUCUUCUUCUCCUCUGUUCUUAGCUUCUGUUUUGGCUGCAGCAUCAGGUUCUGUUCAAGAUGAACCAAUUACUCUAUCUACUGGAGUAAUGGUGCCGCUACCAGCUCACGGGGCGGUCAGAAACAUUUCGGAGGAGGAGAAAGAGUUCUGGAAACAACCGGAUAAUCAAGGAUAUUUGCCUUGUUUGGAUUUCAGUUUCAAGUAUCGAAAAGCCUCUGCAAAGAUUUCCAAAGAGAGGAGGAAAUUUUUGGUUGUUGUUGCUUCUGGAGGAUUGAAUCAGCAAAGGAAUCAGAUUGUUGAUGCUGUCGUCAUUGCAAGAAUUCUUGGAGCUGCUCUCGUUGUUCCUGUUUUGCAAGUAAAUCACAUUUGGGGUGAUGAUAGUGAAUUUUCGGAUAUUUUCGACGUUGAACAUUUCAAGAAGACUUUGAUAGCUGAUGUUCGGAUUGUGACAUCAUUGCCAUCUACACAUUUUGUUUCUAAACAGACUAUUAACCGCGAACUUCCUUUUCAUGUAUCGCCACUCUGGCUUAGAGCCAGAUUUCUCAAACAACUAAACGAAGAAGGUCUGCUUAUAUUGAAAGGGUUAGAUUCUAAACUCUCAAAGAAUCUUCCACCUGAUUUGCAGAAGCUCAAAUGCAAGGUUGCAUUCCAUGCAUUAAGAUUUGCAACUCCAAUUAGGGAGCUAGGAUAUCAGAUAGCUAGGAGAAUGUGGAUUGAAGGUCCUUAUGUUGCCAUCCAUCUCAGAUUAGAGAAGGAUGUUUGGAUCAGAACCGGAUGUCUUACCGGUUUAGGCAAACAAUUUGACAGUAUUAUAAGUAGAGAAAAGGAAUCUCACCCUGAAUACCUUACUGGCAAGUUGAACAUGACUCAUGCACAACGGCGACUUGCUGGACUUUGUCCUUUAAAUGCAUCAGAAAUGGCAAGAUUUCUGAAGGGUUUAGGAGCACCAAACAAUGCUCGUAUAUAUGUUGCUGGAGGAGAACCCUUUGGAGGCGCGCAAGCUAUGCAGCCUCUACAAAAGGAGUUCCCAAAUUUAGUCACAAAACAUACAUUGGCGCGAAAUGGAGAGCUCAGUCCAUACUUGGAAAAAUCUUCAAUAUUGGCAGCUAUCGACUACAUUGUGUCUUUGAGCAGUGAUGUUUUCAUCAAUUCCCAUGGGGGUAACAUGGGGCGAGCUCUCGAGGGACAUAGGGCAUAUGUAGGACACAGAAAGUACAUAAAGCCAAACAAGAGAAUGAUGCUGCCUUUCUUUGAAGAUUCAUCUAUACCUGAGGAAGAAUUCAAAAGGAUAAUAAUGAAACUGCAUAGGAAAAGUCAGGGGCAACCUGAGCCGAGGACGAAGAAGAUUGACAGAGAUGUAAUAGCAUAUCCUGUCCCUGAGUGUAUGUGCAAACAAUAA